AUGUGGGCGCGCGCGGUGCUGGCGUGCGCGGCCCUGUGCGCGUGCGCGCGCGCCUGGCCCGGGGGUGCGGUGUGCGCGCGGGGCGCGGCGGGGCCCGGCGGCGCGCGCUACCUGGCCUUCCUCGGCAGCGGCACCGAGCCCGGCCCGGCCGCGCUGGUGGAGAGCGCCUGGGGCCGGCCGGGCCGCCUCCGCGCCUGCUGGGUGCGCCGCGACCCGCGCCUGGCUCGCGCCUUCCGCGCCGCCUGCGCCCGCCGCCCGCCCGCCGCCCCCGGUGCCGCGCUGCGGCGGGACCUGGCUGCGCUCUGGCGGCACCGCGCCGCCUGCGCCGACCCCGCGCCGACGGGAAAGCGGCGCCGGCGGGGCUGGACGCUGCCCGGCACGCUGUGGUGCGGGCUCGGUGACUCGGCAGGGAACAGCAGCGAGCUGGGUCUCUUCCGCGGGCCCGACCGGUGCUGCCGGGAGCACGACCUGUGCUCGGCGCAGAUCGCGGCGCUGCAGUUCAGCUACGGCAUCCGCAACUACCGCCUGCAUACCGUCUCGCACUGCGACUGCGACGCCAGGUUCCGGCAGUGCCUGCUGGCCCUCAAUGACACCGUCUCCAACUUCAUCGGCGUCACCUUCUUCAACCUGCUGGAGGUGCCCUGCUUUGUGCUGGAGGAGAGCGAAGAGUGCGUCCAGUGGCACUGGUGGGGAGGGUGUGCGCGGUACGGAGUAGUGCCCCUGGCCAGGAUGGUGCAGCAGAGUCAGUACCAGUACAGCCUGCCUGCGGAGGAGACCGGCAGCCCUGCCGUGCGGCCCGCGGCCGAGGGAAGGAAGGGCUCUAGGGCAGGGCGCAAGCGGCUCCGACAAGGACUGGAACAAAGCCCGAGGCUCCGACAGGCGCAGAGACCUGUGACAGCACAGCACUUGCAGGGCCCACAGCCCCUGUCCCCUGCAGCCACAGGGGACAAGGCUGAGCCCACGACCAGGCACCCGGCAGCAGGUGUGGGGUUGGAGCCCGGCCCCCCAACAGCGGUGACUGUGUUGGAGCAGGACCUCGCUGGAGGAAGGCAAGCGUUAAUAGGAGCGCAGCCGCGGACUGCGGGCUCGGCACAGCCUCCCUGCGCCGCCCGCUCCCGCCACGACAGCCCCGCAUCCAGCUUGGCCACGCAGCAGUGCAGAGCCACCUCGGUGCCUGCCCUGGAGGGGCGCCGGCAGCGGGGGGCGGGCAGAGCGUGCAGGUGUUACAAGCGCCUGGAGAGGUGCGAGCACCAGGUCGCAGCCCAGGGGGUGAAGUACCAGCUGCACAACGUGGGCACCCGCACCGCCUUCCACUGCAACUGCACUCGCAGGCUGGCACGGUUCCUGCGCAGGGCGAGGGAGCUCAGCGCCGCCGAGGUGGCUGUGCUGGCUGACCGCAUCGCCAUGGACUGCUUUGUUCUGGAGCCACCCACCGACUGCAGCCCGGGCGAAGGGGCACAGCACAACUGUACGGCAGCAGCCCGGGCGGUCCUUGUACCUGCACAGCACCUCAGAAAGGCCCUAAGGCACUGGGCUCCCCUGCAUGGCACCUCCAAGGCCAGGCAUCCCGACUGGAAGACACAGUACAGUGGAGGCACCCUCUAUGAGCAAUGCUUGCAGCUGGCCUUGGAGCAGAAGCCGGGUACUUGGCACCAUGCGGUGCCUCGAUGAUGCCCAAGCAGCACUGCCUCCGGUGGGGAGGAAGAUGUGCUGUGCUGCAGCCACGGAGUGGGGCUGCUCCACUUCUGGCCCUUGGGUGGCACUAAGCAUGGCUGCUGGCAUGACUGCAUGGAGCUGGGGGCCCAUAGCUGGAGUGAGAAGGCUCUUAACAAGCUAUGGCUGUCAUCCACGGGCACCACGGGAAGGAAAAGCCACCAAGGUGUUCCCUGAUGAGGCAGGCAGGAGAGCAGGACCCCCCCUCCCCUUCCCUGGACUGCGUUCCUUCAGCUGGGGGGCAUGAGCAGGGUGGUGUGGCUGACCCUCCCCCAGGCAGGGCAGGAGGCAGUGCAGAGGGCUGGGGUCUGCUGGGGGAGGUGGAGCAGCUAAGGCAGGCCUGGGGCUGUGCCCUGGGGAGGAGUCAGCCCCUGUGUGUGGCAGAAGAUUAAAAUAAAGGGUGGUCUGAGCAUGGUCUAUGGCGCCAGG